AGAUACUAAUUAAGAAUAUAUAAACCCCUCCAAGCUAAUUCAAAAUCACAUUGUAGUAUCAACUAUGAAAUCCUUAAACUUCUCUGUUAUGCUCUCAAUAUUUCUCAUAGUCUUAUUGUACUCAUGUUCGAGCACGUAUGCUCUUUCAGAUGAUUCAACAUCGUCGUUUAAUGGGAAGUUGUAUGAAUGUAUUUGCCAGAAUUCUGAUUAUUGUGUCCCUUUCUCCACAGCUUUCGUCACCCCAACAAAUGAUUCGUUCAACACAAUCCUACAAUCUACUGCACAAAAUCUCAGAUGUUUACUUCCUUCUGUUACCAAACCUCAGCUUAUUUUCACACCAAUGACAGAAUCUCAUGUACAGGCUGCUGUCAUUUGCUCAAAACAGCUUGGCCUUCAGCUUAGAGUUAGAAGUGGAGGCCAUGAUUAUGAAGGUCUCUCUUACAUGUCUGAUAUGGAGUCUCCUUUCAUCAUUCUUGAUCUGUCAAAGCUUCGAGAUAUAGUGGUGAACACAGAGGACAACUAUGCUUGGGCACAGGCAGGGGCAACUGUUGGUGAAGUAUAUUAUAGGAUUUCAGAGAAAAGCAAGACUCAUGGUUUUCCAGCUGGUCUUUGUACAAGUUUGGGAAUUGGCGGUCACAUAACAGGCGGAGCUUAUGGUACUAUGAUGAGAAAAUACGGAUUAGGAGUUGAUAAUGUGGUUGAUGCAAGAAUAGUUGAUGCAAACGGCAGGAUUCUUGAUAGGCAGAGUAUGGGUGAAGACUUGUUUUGGGCAAUUAGAGGAGGCGGAGGAGCUAGUUUUGGUAUUAUACUUUCUUGGAAGUUGAAGUUAGUACCUGUUCCAUCAAUUGUAACAGUUUUUACUGUCCCUAAAACACUUGAUCAAAACGCGACAAACAUUCUUUACAAAUGGCAACAAGUUGCAGCUGAUAAGCUUGAUGAAGAUCUCUUCAUCAGAGUCAUCAUAAAUGUAGUUGCUGAUAAAAAAGGCGAAAAGACUAUUCAGACUGCUUAUAAUUCAAUGUUCCUUGGUAGAGCAGACAGACUUCUACAACUAAUGAAUGAUGUUUUCCGUGAAUUGGGAUUGACACACAAGGACUGUACAGAAAUGAGUUGGAUUAAGUCGAUUAUGUAUAUUGCUGGUUACCCGAGUAACACUCCACCAGAAGUUCUCCUUCAAGGUAAGUCGUUGUUCAAGAAUUACUUCAAAGCAAAGUCAGAUUUCGUCAAAGAGCCAAUUCCAAUAGAUGGUCUUGAAGGGCUAUGGAAAAGGCUAAUGGAAGAAGACUCACCAUUAGUCAUAUGGAAUCCAUAUGGUGGAAUGAUGGCUAAAAUCUCAGAAUCUGAAACCCCUUUUCCUCAUAGGAAAGGGAUCAUUUACAUGAUCCAAUACUUAACACUUUGGAAUGAUCCUUCUAAAGAAUCAGCCACAAAACACUAUGAUUGGAUUAGAAGACUUUAUAAUUAUAUGACACCUUAUGCUUCUAUGUUCCCUAGAGAAGCUUAUGUGAAUUAUAGAGAUCUUGAUAUAGGGAUGAAUAAGAAUGAGAGUUCUAGUUUUAUAGAAGCUAGUGUGUGGGGAAACAAGUAUUACAAAGACAAUUUCAAUAGGCUAGUGAAAGUGAAGACUAAGGUGGAUCCAGAGAACUUCUUCUUGCAUGAACAAAGUAUACCAACACUUCCUAUUACAAUGAAGGGAAAGGGGAAGAGUGUCAAUCACUUUGAAAUGUAAUAUGAUGCAUUAUUUAAGUUCAUUUUGUCUUUGCAAAGUUGUAAUCAAAUGGUUUUGACAAACCAUAUAUAGGG